AUGCAGACGGCGCCACCGCACGCGCACUCUCCCCACCCGGCCUCGCGCUCGGUGGGGGCACCUCCUCCUCUCGCCUCGCACCUCGACCACGCAGCCAAGAAGGCCGCAAAAGCCAAGGACCUGUCGCACGUCCCGUGCAAGUUCUUCAAGGCCAACAGCUGCACCGCCGGCAAGGCCUGCCCCUUCUCGCACGACGUGGGCACCCCGGGCGUCAGCAAGCCCGUCUGCCAGUGGUUCGCCAAGGGCAACUGCAAGUUCGGCCACAAGUGCGCCCUCGCCCACGUCCUCCCCGGUCAGCCCCUCAGCUGGGACCGCAAGAACAAGCGCGCCGCCCAGCAGGCCCUCCGCGACGCCCAGGCGACCGCCGACUCGACCGGGCUCGUCACCGCCACCCACGCCACGGCCCAGAGCUCGCGCCCAAACGGCGGCGACACCAACGGGCUCGUCCAGACCCUGCGCCAGUCGGUCGACAUCGGCAACGGCAACGGCGGCGCGGCGGCGAGGGCCGGCGAGUACGCCCGGUACCAGCACGCGGCCCAGCAGCAGUACGCCGCCAACGGCGCGGGCAAUCCCGAGGCCGUGUUCGGCUCGCCCGGCAGCAGCGUCGGGCAGCGUCUCUCGCCCGCGUCGCCGCCCCUCCAGCAUCGCUCGAUCCCGCCUCAGCACCUCCAGCACGACGCGCCGCACGCGCCCCUCAGCUUCGCCACCCUCGCGCACGGCCCGACCGCCGCCUUCGUCGCCCCGUCGCCGUCCGGCCUGUCGCACCACUUUGGCGGCACGUCGCCCAACGGCCGGUCGUCGGUCGCGGCGCACGCCAUGCUGUCCGAGCAGGCGCGCCGCCUGUCGAGCACGAGCGAGUCGCUGUCGCCGCCGCGCAUGCCGCAGCACCUCUCGCACACGCGCGUCAGCUUCACCGGCGGCACCUCGCCCGGCCCGCCGCCCUCGCCGCCUCUCGCGGUCCCGGUCGCGCAGGCGGGCGCAGGCGGCGGCGGCGGCGGCGGCGGGCCCUCGAUCUUCGGCACGUCGCCGUUCUCGGGCUCGCGUGGCCUGUUCAUCCCGAGCUCGUACGACAGCAACGAGGACGGCUCGGGCGGGUUCCCGCGGUCGCCGCCCGUGCGUGCGAGCAUGCUCGGCGACCACCUGCAGCGGCCCUCGUCGGGCAUGAUGACGCUCGGCGCGCCGUGGCAGGACGCCGUCGCCGUCGUCGACGACGAGUCCGGCACCGGCGACGACGCCAACGCCGAGGAGUUUGACGAGGGCUUCCUCCCGUCGAGCCUGAACGAGCUCCUCACGGACGAGGAGUUCACGCGGCGCACCCGGCGUGCGGCCAACCACGCCGGCCCGUCGAGCCUGUCGAGCACGAGCCCGAUGCCCCAGUCGUUCGACCCGUUCCUCAACAGCAAGUCGGUCCCGGCCGAGCUCCUCCUCGCGGCGGGCAAGCCGUCGCUCGCCUCGCCGCCGUCGGCCGUCCUCCUCCCGCACCCGUCCAUCGGCGCCAGGUCGGCGUCGCACACGGCCGCGACCUCGUUCGGCCUCCUGAGCUCGAGCGUCGAGGGCCACAACCCGUCGGCGACGCCGUAUCAGCCGGGUCCUCCCGGCGGCCCGAGCAACGGCGGCGCCGGGCGCGGAUCGCUCCUCGCACAGAGCCGCACGCGCGAGGCGACCGUCGUGCUCGACUCGUCGACGGGCACGCCGCCUCCCGUCGCGACGCCGCCGACGUCGUCGCUCCUCGGCGCGGCGCUGAGCGGGUACCCGCCGGCCUCGGCGUCGGCCGCCUCGGGCAUCUACUCGGCGUCGUACUCGGACACGGCCGGCUUCCACCACCGCCCGUCCUCGUUCGCCGCAGCUGCGGCAGCAGGAGGAGCCGGCUCGGGCUCGGCCGCAGGCGCCGUGUCCGUCGCGGGCCACCCUCUUCCGCCGCGGUACCCGCAGACGGGCCUGUCUCCCGGCACCAACGCGUCGCUCGCCCUGCCCGGCUCGUCGCUCCCCGGCGGCCUCGCUGCAGGGCUCAGCAGGCUGCACCUCGUCCCGCCGUCGCACACGGGCGAGACGCCGCCCUCGAGCAGCUACGCCGCCGCCGCCGCGUCGCCGCCCGGCUCGGGCUCGGGCGCGGGCUCGUUCGGCCGGCGCGCCACGUCGAGCAGCUUUGUCGGGAGCCCGCUCGCGCAGCACGAGUCGGCGCUGCGGCUCGGCGUCCCGGGCUCGAUCGGUCGCGCGGGCGCAGGCGGCGGCAGCGGCGCCGCGACACCCGAGCCGCAGAGCGCUGCUACCGAGCGGCCUCCGCGAGGGCAGGGGCUUGCACGCGGGCUCGGCGGAGCGAGCGGGAACGGGGCAGGGAGCGCAGAGGGGAGCGCAGAGGAGGACGACGGCCUCGAGGGCGGCGAGGUCGAGGACAUCCAGUUCGAAAUGGAGGUGGCGUGAGCCGCUCCUGUGCCUGUAUCUUGUCGCAUCUGUCCCUCCCCUUGCUCGCCUCGCCGCCCCCUCCCACCCCUCGCCGUCGUCGUCGUCGUUCCCGACCUUUGGUCGUCCCCCUUCAAAAGCGCCUCUCGCAGCCGUCUUCUCCUUAGUUCUUCCUUAGUGCGCAAUGCAAAGACCUUAUGGACUCG